AUGGAUAAGAAGAACCAGUACUGCACGCAUUGUGCUAAAAUAGGACACGCUAAGGAAAUAUGCUUCAAACUACAUAGAUAUCCUGAAUGGUUUACGGAGCUAGCAGAGAAGAAAAAGAGAUAUGGCACUGAUACUCGAGCCUUGAAUGCAGUCACUUCUGAGACUACUGUAGGUUCGCAACAAGAGGUGCUAACACAAAACUUAUCCGCUAUGAUGAGCGAAUUGCUGCAAAUGAUGAAGGGAAAGACACAGUCAGAUCCAACUCAAGUACAUUUCGCCAGGUUGGGCGAAUUCGUAGCAGCUGAUUCAUCGGUAAUUCUUAUUGAUGGAACAAAGCACUAUGUUACACAUUGUGGAUCUGUUGGUCUCUCACACGAUCUUUCUCUAAAUGCAGUCCUCCACGUGCCAAGCGUCAAACACAACUUGCUCUCAGUGAGCAAACGGGACCAGAUGACUAGACGAACCUUGGCUAUGGGAAGAUUGGUUGGAAGCUUAUAUGUGCUUGAUAGUCACUCAUUUGAUAUAGAUGAAAUAAAGAAGCACUCCAUGAUAAUGGAAACAGAGAUUUGCCUUAAUGCUCAUAGCAAUGAUGCUGCGCUAUGGCAUCGACGACUUGGACAUACUCCGCUACUUGUAUUAAAGCAUACGAAUGUUAUUAGUGGUCGCAAUUAUGAGUUGGGAUGCACAUACAUGUUGACAUUGGUUGAUGAUCGUAGCAGAGCUACAUGGGUUUUUCUUAUGAAACACAAGUCGCAAACCAUGAGCUUUAUUGAAGGAUUCUAUCAAAUGGACGUCAUCUUUGAUGAGGAUUGUUUCCCUUACAAAAACAUUUUGGAACCUGAGCAUGCUAUUCCUCUAUCUAUCUCUGUAUGGGAUGAUGCGCAGGAACAUGAAGGUGCCUCCUCUGUACCCAUUUUGCGAAGAUCAUUGAGGCAAGUGACUAAGCCAUCUUGGCUUAACGAUCUUGUAUGCAGCAUUUCUGAUGCUUCUGCUGCUUCACCUACAAUAACCUUUAUAGCGCCCUCACACCAUGCAUUAAUGCAAGCUAUCGCCCCUCUACGAGAACCAACAACGUACCUAGAGGCUAAUGCAUCGCUAGAGUGGAGAUCUGCCAUGCAGGCUGAAUUAACUGCCUUGGAAGCAAAUAAAACCUGGGAGGUCACACCUCUACCUCCUAACCAUACUCCUAUUGGGUGCUGCUGGCUCUUCGUUGGCAUAUCCAUCAAUUGGAUAUUAAUAACGCCUUUCUACAUGGAUAUUUGGAAGAAGAAAUUUAUAUGUCCCAUCCGGACGGUUAUUCUGUGCCUCAAGGCCAUGUAUGCCGCCUCACGUACGUCUAUUGAGCACAUAACUGCAAUCAAAGCUUACCUUGAUCGCUUAUUCACCAUCAAGGAUUUGGGCGUUGCCAAAUACUUCUUGGGGCUGGAAGUAGCUCACUCCUCUCAAGGUAUCAUUGUCACUCAAACUAAAUACAUCAAGGAUAUUGUGAUGGACACUGGUUCGCUUCAUGCUUGCGCUGCGACCACACCUCUACCACCCAGUAUUAAAUUUACAGAGGAUGCAGGCGCUCAGCUUCCUCAUCCUAAAUGUUACCAUCGUCUUGUUGGGAGGCUUCUCUAUCUCAAUUUCACAAGACUGGACACUUCCCAUGCUUGCCAACAACUAGUCAGUUCUUGCAGCGUCCCCGUCAACGACACCUUGAUGUUGUUUUCCAUCUUAUUUGCUACCUCAAAAGGACCCUUCACAAGGGGCUGUUUUUUCCUUCUCGGAAUUCACUGGAGUUACGCGCUUAUUCUAAUGCUGAUUGGACUAGUGGCGUUGAUACUAGACGUUCCUUGA